UCGCUUCACAGUUCUAUGGUCAGCUUGAUUGUCGGUCAGGAGCAGCGCAUGUUCGUCGCGCACGAAGAUGCCUUAUCCCGUUCUCCGUUCUUCAACGCCAUACUUAAGGACCAAUUCGUAGGAGACAGUCCGGAAAAAGUGAUAGGCUUACCGGAGGAAGAGCCUGAACUCCUCUCGUGCAUCCUCGAGUUUCUCUACAAAGGCGACUACUACCCACGGCUCAUACACAGCAAGACCCAAGAUGCCUGGGAGCUCGAGGACGCGAAACAAAACCAUAGUACCCCCAAUGGCGGCCGCUGCAGCUCGAGCGAAGCCACAUUCUUUCACCCUGGGACUGGCAGUCUCAUACUCAGAGAUACGGCCGUGUACUGCGCAGCGGAGAAGUACGGACUGGACGAGCUCAAGCGCCUUGCUCUUCGCAAGCAGGGUCUGCAAAGCGGAAUUUCCAUUGAUGUGAUUCUCCGAUCUGCACGGUAUGCGUACGACAACACGCCUGAUUCCGAAUACCGACUACGCGCUCAUUAUCUGGCGAUGAUCAUUCGAACUCGCCAUAUCUUCAAGGACAGCGGGACGAUGCAGAUUGAAAUGGAGAUGGGACAUCCACUUUUCUUUGAUUUGUUCGUGGCCAUGUGCAAUCACCUGGACGAUCUGGAGGAGAUGAGGUCCGUACCCGUACCAUAGAUCCCAAAGCAUCCUUUAUCUAACAACCCCACAGCAUGAACCAUUAACUCCACUUCCUCCACGACCGCACAGCCACAGUGACGAAAACAGAAAACCCUUAAAAAAGUACCGCUAUGCACGAUUGAAUCGAACCAGAUUGUCAGCAUAUACCUCACUUCUUUUCCCGAGGCGGAUCGAUUGAAUUUGAGUCUGGCAUGAUUACUUUACAACCCAUGCCUAUAUCCUUUUUAAUCCUCUGGCUUCCUGC